CAUUUCCCUCUUCCGUUUCGAAUUAAGGAAGUGGUCGAUUUUAGAGAGAGAAUAGAGAGGAUUUUAGAGAGAGAAAGAAAGCAUGGGUCGUGCUCCUUGCUGUGAAAAAGACGGUCUAAAGAAAGGGCCAUGGACACCAGAAGAGGACCAGAAGCUCAUACAGUACAUAGAGAAGCAUGGCCAUGGGAGCUGGAGAACUCUUCCAAAAAAUGCAGGACUGGCCAGGUGCGGGAAGAGUUGCAGGCUGCGAUGGACAAAUUAUCUCCGACCAGAUAUCAAAAGGGGGAAAUUCACUCCUCAAGAAGACCACACCAUUAUUCACUUCCAUAGCAUCCUUGGGAACAAAUGGUCAGCUAUUGCUACACAUCUGCCCGGAAGAACCGACAACGAGAUCAAGAACUACUGGAACACCCACCUCCGAAAGCGCCUCCUCCGUGAUGGCAUCGACCCUAUAACCCAUCUUCCAAGAUUCGACAUCGGCACCCUCCUCUCUCUCCUCCACUCCAACUCUUUCUCUCUCUGUAACCCAAAACCAAAUCUCCAUUUCACGUCUCUCAACCCACAAUUCCCUACUGCAACCAACAAUGACAUUCAUAUCAACAACCAUUCUCUCACACCUCCACCCAGCUCCGACUUCAAUUCUCAAACUACCCCUGAUCCACAAUACACUCUAGACUGCUCCCAAACAAUGCUACACCCUUCUUCAAUGCUUUUGCCAGAUACCCAUUUUUCGGCGACUAUAAACGUGCCAGAAAAUCCUUUUCCGGAAAUGAAUAAUGGAAAUGGGCGUGCUAUCGCAGAAGAAGACAGCCAUUAUUGGAGCAAUCUACUGAAGUUUGCAACUGAAAUUUCAUCCAAUUUGAAUUCACAGCCAUAAUAAACUGAGGAAGAUAAUGUGGGAUUUGUCGUACUAGAGAAGGGUCAAACUAUGGAACUAUAUAUGUGAAAAGUUUGG